AUGAAUAAUGAAAUUAAGAAAACUUCUAAAGAUUACGACGAUAAUGAUAAAAAAGUUGAUGAAACUCUUACAAAAGUCUGUAAUAAGUUAAAUAUCAUACGUUCAGAUGAUACUGAAGAAAAAAUGCUAGAAGAAGAAAGUGAAACACUAUGUUCUAUAAGUUUAACAGACGAAGUAGAACUAUCUUUUGAUGGUAAAUGGUUAAGAAAGUAUUUUAAGUUGCCACUGAAGAUGGGAAUUAAGGAAAUUAUAGCAAGAAAACCUUGCGACCCUGUCACUUAUCUUGGAUUUUGGUUAUUGAAUUAUAGAAGAUGUCAAGAGUGUAGGCAGUGGCAAUUGGAGAAGGAUAACGAGUUAAACUAUCUCCGGUCUAUGAUCGAAGAACCAGUAUGUGUUAUUAGUAGAAUUUUAUGUGUCUCGACGUUCGGCAAGACUAUUCAGGAAGCCGCGCUUCGUACGGUCUCGUGCAUUUCCGCCGUGGGGUCGCGGUUCCCAUGCGAAGUUGCGCUCAGUCCAAAUCGCGCAGCUGCCCCCUACAGUUUGGUGCGCGGUUAA